UAAGGGCACUUUUUGUCUCAAAGAUAUUUCUGUCUCAACCCCGAAAGAUUUUUAUGUACUACCAUACUGACGAGUCGUCAAAGUGUUCAAGUCCGAGUCUGGAUCCGUACUGGUAGACGCUCAACGAGUCACGAUAUACGGCCAGACACUGUUCUGCCGUCCAAAUCUUAUAUCACGUUUGUUUUCGCUCCAAGGUUCUUGCAGAUCACUGAUUGCGUUUUGCCUCGUGCAUCCCCAUUAGCUCACCUUUGUAAAUACCGUCCCAGGAGGCCCAUCAGGAAGUGCGGCACUUAGCCAACUGAUAAAAUGGUUCAGAAUCGCACCCAGCACGAGAAGAACACUCUCUGCAUCAGGUUAACUGAGUCCGUCGUCUUCCUUCGCACCUCCGAUCCGACUGGCCGAGACCACGUCCAAAACAAUGCAGCGCCUGCGAUGGUUCGCGGAUUGCUCACUCUGAACAUUGUGAAGCCCACUCGCAUCUCAAGCAUUGAGAUUGAACUGCAGGGGAAAGCUACUACUUCGUCGUAUGAAGGGGUUGGUGCGCGUCGCAUAGAGGUGACAGAACAGCACAAGGUGUUUUCUGCAUCUACUGUCUUCUUUCAAGCAGCCUCGUCGCCGCCCGCCCGACGUACUGCCUCGGUUGGCCCUGGUCUUCCAGGCCGUGACCACGACCAUGCUGAAGUCCGGCCCACCGGAGAGUACAGUUCUGUUCCAGCUCCACAACACGUGCCUCAUUCCAAUAGCCUUCCAAGUCCAGCAUUCCAUACCAGGAGCGCUAGCCUGGAUCCGCGUCAAAUUUCUUCUUCAAUAAGUGGGCAUUGUUUUAGUGAUAACACUGUCCUGCAACGCGACAGCCAUGGACCUCACCCCCAAGAAACUGUCCACCUUCCUCCUACUCCCCCUUAUAGCCCACCCCUGAACUCCUCCUCGUCUAUUGUAGACCAUCGUCCCUCGCCCACAGACUCGCACUCGGACUUGAUUUCUCAAUAUUCUGGUCACCCCAGACCAGAAGAUAGCCCAGCCCAGACGCUCGAAGAGCUUCGACAAGCGCUCAGGAAUAACUUGGAGGCAGGCCAACCGAGCCAUCAUGGAUCAUUUCAUACGCCCACUGGUGGCUCUUCUGCGUCCAGCAUACACUCGUACCGCGAUAUUUCCCUCUCCCGUCGACCAAGUAUUGAAGACAUCUCUGAAAACGAUGAGUUGUCUGGACAGACAUCCCGGUUUAUUUCCCACACACAUACAUCUCCUGUAGAGUUGCAGAGCCCGAGCAAUGUUGCAGCACCGCACGACGAUAUCCAUCGUGGGCGAAAGCAUGCCCGGUUUUCGCUUUCUGCUGUUGCCAACGUGUUCGACACGAUGGUGGAGCGUGUGAGGUCGCGUUCCCCACGUGCUGAGUCCCAGAUGAGAAGCAAGAGUGGAAAUCGUGAUGACGAACGAGGGAGGACGCUGGACAGGGGAAAGGGGAAGUUGCUGGAACUGCCGUCACAUGAAAAUGAGAAACACAAGCAUCAUUUCGCUUUGGGAAAAGUGGGAGAACUCUUAGGGUUGGAGGAAGAACAUAAAGAAGUGGGGGAGGGUUGGAAAGAAUUUAAGAAAGGAACAUAUACCUAUCCCAUCUCACUUACCAUACCUAAUAACUCACCUCCCACCAUCGAAUGCGAUCACGGAUCCAUGAUUUGGAGGUUGAAGGCUGAAGUUCACCGACCCGGGGCGUUUACACCAAAGCUGACUGCACAACGCGAGGUCCUUGUGGUUGCAGCACCUUGUGAAGAGGAUACCGAGGACUCGGAAAACAUCAUCAUAGAACGUCAGUGGGAGUCGCAGCUGCAGUAUCUGAUAGCAAUAUCGGGACGCAGAUUUCCCACUGGCGGCACCAUACCUAUUGAUCUCACGAUCAUGCCUUUCACGAAAGCCAAGGUGCAUCGAAUAUCUGUCCACAUCGAUGAGCGAAUUGAUUACCACACAGAAACGAAGCGGACCGCGCGCUCGCAGCCUCCACACCGAAUACCUUUGCUUUCACUCGGACAAGAGGUUGACGGCGAGAGCCAGCCGUUACUCCCUCUCAUCUCCGACGACCCGGAGGCAUUCCGAAAGUCACCCCUGCACCAACUCCUGAACGCUAAUGACAACGAGAACGAGAUGGCCAUGGCUAUCAUGGGUCCAGGGCCAUGGACAUUCCACCACGAACUGCAGCUUCCCGCACACUGCUCUCUCAUUCAUUUCUCCAACCGGAACAAAAAGAGUAACAUUACCAUCAAUCACAUGCUCAAGAUUGUCCUUCGCGUCGAGCGUGGCGACGAGGUGACCGACCCGAAGACAAAUAAGCCGAAGCUAUUUGACAUCCUCAUACAAACGCCUGUGCGCAUCUUAUCCUGCCACUGUACACCAGCGUGGACAUCUCUACCCAGGUACUAUGAGGUGCUAGAACGUGACUUUGACAGCAGACGCGUAUCCUGUCCAUGCGGCCCCGAAUCUGCCCACAGCGCGCACAGCGGUCCGAACAACAGCGAAAUGCACACGCCUAUCUCGUUAAAUCGCGUAGUCUCGAUCGACUCCGCCGUGUCGUCUGCAGAGAACCACUCGCCGGCGGGGCACAGCGGGACGCUCGUUCAAACGCUUGUGGGGCGGAGCACCCAGUAUGAACGGCUGAUGUCGGGAAUGGAGAGCGAGGCGGGGGAGGCUCCGCCGGCGUAUGAGAACAUUGGUGGAUUGUUAAUGCAGCGUCAUUAUUAAUAUUUAUGAAAGGUUAUGAUAUCGACUUCUUGGGUGUCGGUAGUCGUUUUAAUCAGCAGUUGGCAGUUGCGGCUUUUGCUGGAGAUA